AUGAGCACACCAAAUCCACGGCCACCCAAGAAUCCUCUCAAUGUCGAACGUCCGGAAUCCCUUGUUCGACGGUCGUGGCAUGUAAUGACAGACAUGCUAUCGCCUUUUUCUGCAUCGGCCCUGGCGACCUUACCCAACGCUCAGCGACCUCAGCGAUACACUCGUGCAGAUGCCAUUCCAGAGACAGAAAAUGACGAAGAUGGACAGCGACCGACCAUUAGAGACUAUCAUGCUAUCAACUCGCUGCCCCCGAUGGUCCGAGUACCUAAGAAGAUUGCGACCCCGGUCAGGGUGGAAGGGAAGGUCUGCACCGCGCUAAUAACGUUCAUCUCAGCCUGGGUGUCUUGGUUGAACCUAUCGAUAUUAAUUGGAACACUGGCCCUGGCCCUCUUCAAUGCUUCCCAAGAUGACAUAGCGCGCAAUUUUGCUUAUGCCUACGCUCUAAUCAGUGCCGGGGUCCUAGUCUACGCCUAUCUGUUGUAUCAGCACCGGAUUACCAUGAUUCGGAGAAGAGAUCCGGGGCAUUUCGACGCAAUCAUUGGGCCCCUUGUCAUCAGCGCUCUCCUUUUCUUCGCUAUCUUUGCCAACUUUUUUAUCCGAGUCCGUGAACUUCGCGAAAAGAACGUCCCCAUUCCUGGGGCAGGUUUCAUAUCUACCAUCACACAGAAUUGGUACCCACUGAGUGCAGGCGAUCGCAAUAGUUCGCUUUUCUCUUUGCAGCAAGAGUCAUGAUGUAACUUUCUCGCGCUGUUUUCGCGGGUUUGUGGUAUCAUAACAAUUGUCAAUGAAAUUCUCGAACCUCGUCGUUCUCUGCUAUUGC